AUGGCCUAUCUCAGUAAAAUCAAAGAUUUGCUUGCUCAGAUUAAGAGAUACACCAUCCAGCAAAUACCUAGAAAACAAAAUGCCACGACAGAUGAACUGGCUAGGCUGGCCAACAGUGUCGUGGUGGACAAAGCCAAUUUGGUCUUCAUUGAGUAUCUGGAUCGAUCCAGUAUCAACCUGCUAGAACCAAUCCUUCAAAUAGACAACACUCCGUUCUGGAUGACCCCGAUUGCAUCUUAUCUAGAUCACAGAAUCCUUCUCAACAGUCAUAACGAGUCUAGAAAAUUGAUAAGAAAAGCUGCUCGGUACCUCAUCCUGGAUGGGGUUAAGUACAGAAGAGGAUUUUCCAUGCCAUUGCUCAGGUGUGUCAACCAAACAGAAUCAAGACGACUUUUUGAAGAAGUCGAUGAGGGUUUCUGUGGGAAUCAUGCUGAGGGGCAGAGUCUAUCUAAGAAAAUACUAGGGCAAGGCUACUUCUGGACGACUAUGAAUGAGGACUCCAUAUCGCAUGUUCGAAAAUGUGACAACUGUUUGGUCUACCCCACAAAAAUAGUGUCUGACAAUGGCAUACAAUUUGACAGCCAGUUAUUUAUUGAUUUUUGCACUAGACACGGCAUCACAAAAAGCUUCUCAGCAGUCUCACACCCACAAGCAAAUGGACAGGUAGAAGCAGUUAACAAGACUCUCAAAGAUACUCUGAAGAAGCAUUUAGAAGAGGCUAAGAAAAAUUGGCCUGAAAGACUACCUGAAGUACUAUGGUCCUAUAAGACUACCGAGCGAACAACUACUGGAGAUACCCCUUUUGCACUUAUAUACGGGUGUGAAGCGAUGAUGCCCGUAGAGGUGACUCCACAAUCUCACAGGCGCACGGCAUACGACCAGGAUGGUAAUCACAAGCUGUUAGCUGAAUCCUUGGACCAAAUUGAAGAAAGACGCAAAAAGUCCAACAUACGCUUGGCCGCCCAUCAGCAAAAAUUUGCCCAGUACUUCAAUUCUAGAGAUAAGGAACGAAAAUUCGACAUAGGAGACCUAGUCUUACGAAGAAUAUUCCCUGAAAAUUGA